AUGGGUGGCGCAAGCAGAGAAGGUGGCAAGGCCAAGCCCCUCAAGGCUGCCAAGAAGGAGAAGAAGGAACUCGAUGAGGAUGAACUCGCCUUCAAGGAGAAGCAGAGAGCCGAUGCUGCGGCCAAGAAGGCCCUCCUCGAUUCCACCAAGGGCAAGAAGGGUCCCCUCAACACCGGCCAGCAGGGCAUCAAGAAGUCUGGCAAGAAAUAA